GGAAACAGCUGCACACUCCAGGACUCCAGUUCAGGUCAAGUCCAUAACGGUUUCCUCCAGAGUCCUCUUUCCACUCCUUCUGCAGCAAUUCAUCCAUCAGCAUGUCUUAUAUGAGUCAGACCACAUACUCAAGUGGCCCUGUAGGCUUCACUGGGAGCUCUACAGUCUCCCAGAGGCGUAUGGGCUCACUGUCCUCUGCACCCAAGGCCUACAGCAUGCAUGGAUUUGGCUCUAGAGGCAGCUCCCGCAUCUCCUCGACUGUCUCGAGAACUGUGUCUUCUGGCUAUGGUGGUGGACUGGGCGCUGGAUUCGGUGGUGGCAUGGGUGGCGGGAUGAGCGGAGGUGGCUUCAGCCUGUCUGCUGCCGUGGACGGUGACACCGUCCAUCUGAAUGAGAAGGCCACCAUGCAGAACCUGAACGAUCGUCUGGCCUCCUACCUGGAGAAGGUGCGCUCACUGGAGGCUGCCAAUGCUAAACUGGAGCUGCAGAUCCGUGAGUACUAUGAGAAGAAAGGACCAGCUGCCCAGAAAGACUACAGCCACUACUGGGCUACCAUCAAUGACCUGAAGGACAAGAUCAAAAACGCGACCAUCGGCAAUGCCAACAUCCUUCUGCAAAUCGACAAUUCAAAGUUGGCUGCUGAUGACUUCAGGACAAAGUAUGAGCACGAACUGAUGAUGCGCCAGUCUGUGGAGGCUGACAUUGCCAACCUGCGACGCCUGCUGGACCAGACCACACUGACCAAGGCUGACCUGGAGAUGCAGAUUGAAGGUCUGCAGGAUGAACUGGCCUACCUGAAGAAGAACCAUCAGGAGGAACUGGCAGCUCUGAGGUCUCAGCUGACUGGCACCGUGAACGUGGAGGUUGAUGCUGCUCCUCAGCAGGACCUGAAAAAAGUUCUGGAUGAAAUUCGUGCUCAGUAUGAGACCAUCACAGAAAAACAUCGCAGAGACCAAGAGGCGUGGUUCAAUGACAAGUCGGCAGCAUUGACUAAGGAAGUGGCCAUCAGCACAGAGACCAUCCAGACGACCAAGACAGAGAUCACAGACCUGAGACGAACACUCCAGGGUCUGGAGAUCGAACUGCAGUCCCAACUGAGCAUGAAAGCAGCACUGGAGAACACGCUAGCAGAGACAGAGGCACGCUUCAGUGCUAUGCUAGCAGGUUACCAGAACCAGAUUAACAUGCUAGAGGCAGAGCUGGCCCAGGUUCGGGCCAGCAUUGAGCAGCAAGGUCGGGACUAUACCUUGUUGUUGGACAUCAAGAGCCGUCUGGAGCAGGAAAUCGCCACCUACAGGAGCCUCCUGGAAAAGGAGGAGUCCAGGACUCCAGGCCAAGGUGGAUCCACUGUCACCACCACCACCACCACGGUGCGCUCAGUCAACUAAGCAGAGCAGACUACUUUCAGAGACGCACACACUAACACAUCAGUCCCAUAGGUCCCUGAUGAUAGUUUCAUGGUAAAUAAUUGUCAAGCAUGGCUACAAAACCCAGGAAAUACCUGUAACCUCUUAAAUUUGAUGAUGGAUUAAAUGCAUUUCCUUGUGUGUGAGAGAAACCUGUCUCUGAAAAUAAAGCUGCUGGCAAACAAACAA